CAUUGCUAUGUGUAUCAGAGCAGAUUCAUUUUUCUCGCAUUACGAAAAGUCCAUUUUUGGGAAAUCGAGCUUCGUUGGUUGUGGCAUGAAGUCAUUCAGCCGACUGGAGAAGAGUUGCGUUUUCGAGCGAUGUGUAUGAUGUGAAUGUAGUUUCAUGGAAACGUGUUCUGGUUUAGUGCAUUGAAGAAAAUUAAGAUAAAACCGAUAUCUUUGGGCUGCUACUGCGGCAGCACGUAAUUCAUUGCUGCUAAAAGUAGUGUGGGAAAGUCUCGUUAGAUGAGAAGAAAUCGAACUACCAUACGGCAACAGAAAAGCUAGUGAAUCCCUGAUACAGAACUGUGAACCUUGGGAGUGUAACGAAGCGGAAAAAUUGUUUAAUAUUCAUCUAGAGUAAGAAGAACUACUUUCAUGAAGUGGAUUGUGAAAUUUAUGAGUGGGGCUGCUCGAGUGCUUUCAGAAUAGGUGGAUUAAAGAAUUUAGUUUAGUGGUACGAUUAGCAUUUAUCUUCCGACUACCGAAUAAACCUGCUAUUCCAGUGUUGGCAGAAGUUUAACAUCGCCAUCAUCGACCAGCCGGACGUUCUAGCGGAAACGAAGAAAGUGCUUCAAAUCAGCCAGCAUGAAUCGAUUGUUACGCGGUUACCGUUGUGCGUAGAGAUCUCCCUCCAGACCGUGGAGGGAGAUAAUAUGAUCUUGGAGGUUUGGUCCCUCAGUGUACAGUCGGACCAGUGUGACGCCCAGUUGCGGACCACCCACUCGAUCUACAAUCGCAUGGGACUGUUGUUGAAAUCGUUGCUUUCGGUUACACGUUCAACGCCCGCGUAUAAACUUUCUCGCCGUCAGAGUGGCGAUUCAUAUCAAAUUUUCUACCGGAUCUAUAUCGGAGAAGCGCAGACCCAUCAGUUGGGCGAUGGUCACAAGCAGAUACGCGUCGGACAGUUGUGCACCCAAAUUGGAACGCUAGCCAUGGCAGUAGCCUACCGUACUAAGAUGACGAUCUCGCCCACGCAAACCGGACGGGACAACACAAUUAUGCUGAAGAGCGACCACUUCCUCAAGGAUAUCAGCCCGAAGCACAUCCGGUACAACUUCAACAAGAAAACUGAGAAGAAAAUUAUCGACUUGGACAAACCGAUGCGGUGCGGUGCAUUCGUGGACCCCUCCCGAAUCAAGGCCCCAUUCACCGAAGACGACUUCAUCCUCAAGGAAACGCCCCCGUUCCACUGGUUACUCCCGAAACCCAAGGACGAUACCAGUUCGAUUAAGAGCACCGACGAGGACCGGCAGUCGAUUAAUUCGCCCACCACCGUCACCGCACCGACAGCGCUAACAUCGGACGAGAACCUGUCCUCCAAUGCAAACAACCUCAACAACGUCAACAACAACAGUGGUCACAGUCAGAAGGGAUCGCUAGAUUCGACCACACCAGCGGCAGCGGCAGCGGCAGCAGCUCCCAUCAUGAACUACCGAUUGUCUCAGUCUCCAAAGACCGGCGAAUCACCACUGACCGCAGGGGUGGUGGCCGGUACGACAACAGGAUCGAACUCCGGCUCGCCACCAGCAUCACUAACCGGAGAAUUCCGGAGAUCCUCCCGAUGGUCCAUUCGACAGACGGUACCCGAGGACGAACGGUUGCUUAAAGAACUGCACUUCCCCUUCGCCGCAUCCAACUCGCCGAUCGGUGACCUGGCCAAGUUCUACCGGGAGUGCUUCAACGCGCCCCCGCUGCAGGAGUUCAACCAGCUGUCGAAUGUGAUUUCCAACGUCGACGACGAGGAGGCACCGAACGCCGAUGACGGGGGCCGGAUACUGGCCGGGCCCGUCGAGGACGAGGACGUCGAUGAUGUGACGCGGCAGCUGGAACAGUUCGAAACGUCCCUGCCGGAGUUCGAAACGCUGGUGACGUCCCUCUGCCAGUCGGUGGACAACAAUUCCAACAGUUAAAGCCUCUCGGGACCGGGUGUCUCGCGGGAGACAUUGUUGACCUGUGUUGAUUCUAGUGCAGGGGGGAGGGGUAUUUUAUUGCAGUUUUUCUUAGUCGUUUAAGAGAGAACAGUCUGAUUGAUGAUAUUCAUCUAUAAACCAUUUAUUAUUUUUACUUGAUUUUUCGUAGGGUUAGAUGAAAGGAGGUAGUUUAGCGAUUAGGAUAUUAUAUGAACAAUUAUAUCAUAUUCAGUUUAUGGGACAGGUAAAAUGUGUAUUAUAGUUAGCGAGCCGAGCAAAUUAGAUAGCUUAGAAAGUACGAGGAAAGUUGCUAAAUGCUGUAAAUAUUUUGGAAAGGGCUUUUUAUCUAUUAAAAAGAUAUUCAUGAGAGGGAAAACGAGAGAAAGGAUUUACACAAGAUAAUACACAAUAUUUAAGAGAGAAGAAACAAAGUUCCUUAUCUUCAUUGCUUUACAUCAUAUUAACAUUGGCCUUUUACUCUGUUUUUAUUAUCCUUAAAAUAUUGAGUAAAUAGAACCUUUCUUAACAUUUUCUCUGAGUCAUAGCUGUAAAUAGAAAAUCUAACAUGAGAGCAAAAUUGAUUCACUCUUUUGAUGACUGGUCGUUGUAUACGAGUCGAAUUUCAGUUUCGCAGACGCUGGUUGGUAGAUAGGUUCAUAACUGCUUUGCUAGCCUUGCCUCUGUUCCAAACAGCUAUUCGUGGAUGUCCAACAAAAGAAUCAAUCGAUGCUGCCCUUCGUAAUCAAAUUUAAGCUUAAGCCUAAGAAUCAGUUAUUUGAUGUUUUAUAAGACGAAGAGCAUAUUUUAAAUCUUAACUUUAUUUUAAAAUGAAACAAGUAAAUGUAGCAAAUAAGCAGAGCUUAAUCGCUUUACAGCCAUUGAUUUAUAAAACUUCCUAAUUGCUUUGAUAUAUCUUUUCCUUCGUUUCUUACACUUUCUAAUUUAUCAUUUCGCACUGUAUCACGAUAAAUCCAUUCAUCACUCCAUUCGAAGACUGAAUGUUUAAACUCCCAUUGAUCGGUAAAAUUCAGUUCAACUAUUUUCAGAGAUAAAAAAAACUCUUAUAUGUAUCAAAUCAUUGCUUACGAACCUUUGUCCAAAAAGGCAUCAUCGCCGAUCAACUGAAAACGAUUGUUAAUUAUGCACUGUUGUACAUUGGGAAUUAGAAAUUUAUUUGCCGCAUAGAUCUAUGGUAUUAUUACCCAUUUGACCUAAAUCUGAAUCUAACACACGGUAAUGUGUAGCAAAAGAGCAGACCUUUAAAGUCAUCUUAAGCAAAAACGCAUAUCUUUUGGCCGCAUUACAUAAUCGUGUAUUAUACCCAUAUUUAGAACCUACAGCCUAGCUUUAGGUCGUUAGCAUUUGCUCCUUCAGAGUAACGUCAUAGCUUUUUUUUAUCUUUUGUAAUUGUUCAAAUCAUCACCACGCCCGAGCAAGUUGGAAUAAAAGCAGAUUGUUUAUUUUGCAAUCCAGAAAUCAAAUUGUAAUUCAAGUUCACUCUCUGUAACAAACAAGCUGAUAUUCAAAGACGAAAAAAUAUUGAUACCCAUUUUCAAAACAAUACACACAAAAUAAACAUUUUUUGGUUUAUUCAAACAAAAACAAA